AUGGCUGGGACAGAAGAGAAACUCCCUAUGGCUGGGGAUUGGGCACCCAUGAAUUCCAACACCCAAGAUAUCUCCUCGAGUUUCAUUGGCGAGGGUGCUCCGCCGGAAGAGAAGGUUCCCACGGUGCUCCCAGAAGCGGGAGAGGAAGAUGGGGUUCGGGGGAGAAGCACCCCCUGUGAACCUUUCAGCGAGGUAAAGCCGCCGACUGGUCCAAGAUUUGGGGCGCGUGCAGGACUUGCGGAGAGGAUGGCGGUGAGGGCCGGGUUCAAUGCUCCGAAGCUCAACACAGAUCGCAUCAGAUCAGGGGACGUGCCAUCCUUCUCUUCGGAAGUUCAAUCCCCUUAUCUGACGAUUCCUCCUGGUCUCAGCCCGACCUCUUUUUUGGAUUCUCCGGUUUUCGUUUCCAAUUCACUGGUGAGGCUCAUUUCUAUUUAGCAUCCUCGCAUUUGUCCUUUGAAAGGCAGAUGUAGGCUGAGGGACUGCAGUCAAUGUUGGAAGAUGAUUUUGAAUCAUAUUUUAGAGAAAAAAUGUGGAUCCAGAAUUUCGAAAUGGAUUCUGAUUUCGUCGUGAUUAUUUUACAUUCAUGUGAAAUGCGUCACCCAAGAGCUCUCAUAUAUAGAUUUGUAGAACACUCAAUGUUGGAAGGGCUCAUGCAUGGCAAUUUUUUUAUCUUGAAAUUUUUAUUUAAACUAAUAUUAAACUCAGAAGAAUGAAUGGUUUUUGAAAUGUCAUGUCCUUUAGGCCAUCCCAUGUUCACUGUGUUUCAUCAAAUAUAUUAGCUUAUUUUAUGUCAUUAUCUUAUUUUGCAGGCUCAACCAUCUCCUACAACAGGAAAAUUUGCAUUAGAGCAGCUUAGUAACAACAGUGGCAGUUCUGUCUUAGCUGCUACUGACAAAAGUAGAUAUAGUUCCGCUGCAGAUGUUGCUUCUGAGUCAUUUGUGUUCAAACCUCUGGGGGAGUUAAGCUCGUACAUUUCAAAUGCCAAGAACAAUGUAAGAUUUCCUCGUAGAAGUUCCGUAUUUGAUUGCAUGGCUUUGUUUUAUGGUGGGCUUUUUGUGUCAGAAAAUGAAUAUUUCCCCUCUUCUUCGAUAAAUUUUGGUACAAGUCUAGAUUCAAGUCAUUUAAUCAGUGCAGACUAGCUGUUUGUUCUCCAUAGUCUGAAGCAAAACUCAGUUAAGCUAGCGUUUGUCUGAUGUAUAGCAGUUGAUAGGCCGUGUAAAAUUCACCUUCUGUUCCUGGUUUGAUUAAAGUUUUAUUUUUUCUUUUUGUGCAUGUCUGACAUGUGGUUCAAUCGAAACUAGCUCAAGAACGACAUCUGACCUCCCAUUCUAACGUUGAAGAAUCCAUUCUGUAAUAGUGGGAGGCACAGGAGAUUAACCUCUUAAUCUUUUUUUAUGACUGAUUUAAGAUCUAUCAAUGCUUUAUGAGAUUACUUGCCCUGCUAGUAGAUCCUGGUUGAGUUUUCUCCUGCAAUUGUGGAGUUUGUAGAAUUCUAGCUUGCUAUUUGGAGGGUUCAUCUGUGAUAGACACUAAGAUGAUGGAGGAACAGACAAGAUUGCAUCUUCAUGGGCUAUUUAGUUUCACUUUUAUGGGUCAACUUCCGGGGUCUGAUUAGACAAAUAGUUAGAUACCAAUACUGAAAUUGUUAAGCAUGCACGAAUUACUUUUCAUAAUCGCUCUUGUUGUGUUUAAUAAAGGAACAGGUUUCUUCUUCUUGUGCUGAGUUUCAAGCUGACUUUCCUUUACCAGAUAGCUUCCUCCAUGGAUCACCAACAUUUAGAACUGAGUUCUAAGCUGUCUGUUCCAACGGGUUCCCCAAACUUGGAAAGCGCAGAUGCUGCCGGCAUCACCCACCCGCAAGACCUGCUCCACUUCCGAUCUGAACAAAAGGACUCAGCAGGCGACUUGUCUGAUUCUCUGAUGGGCGAUGAGCCAGUUGACUUCCAGCAGGAUGGAGAAGCAGAGAACAGGGGAGAGUCCCCACUUGUGGCCGCCAGUGUGCAGUCUGAGGAUGGCUAUAAUUGGAGGAAGUACGGCCAGAAGCAGGUGAAGGGGAGUGAGUACCCUCGGAGCUACUACAAGUGCACCCACCCUAAUUGCCAGGUGAAGAAGAAGGUGGAGCGCUCCCUGGAGGGUGUCACCACCGAGAUAACCUACAAGGGGACUCACAACCACCCCAAACCCACUGCCCAGGGCCGCCGGUCAGGUGCUGUCCCCAGCCUCCACCCUUUUGGUGAGGGGUUAGCAGAUGGGCCUGAAGCUCGUGCCCCACCGCCUGUUUCUGAAGGUGAGCUCUCAUUAGCCCAAGGAUGUAAACUGUGGGAAUGUCAUCCUGGAUCAAAGAACUGAUGAUCUUGCUGCUGAAUUGGAUAAUGCAGAACACGGGCAGGGGCCGGAGGGGCUACUCUUUGAGUCAGCUGGAGGUUCGGAUCUCCCAUCCAACCUGUCUAACGAGGAGGAAGAUGACGAUAGGGUAGGUGGAGUCGAGGAAGAUGAGCUGGAGUCUAAGAGAAGGUAAGCUCUGGGUUGUCUGCGGCCACCGUGUUUUCCUCUGGUAGAUUCGGGUUUGGGUUGAUGCUCAAUCGGGUCUCAUUGGUGCAGGAAACUGGAUGUGUCUUCAAUGGAGGCGGGAGCAUCUUCUAGGGCAGUUCGGGAGCCAAGGGUCGUGGUUCAGACGACCAGCGAGGUCGACAUCCUUGAUGACGGGUAUCGCUGGCGGAAGUAUGGGCAGAAGGUCGUCAAAGGAAAUCCAAAUCCUAGGUAACUCUUGGAUAUUCACUUUUUUACUACUUUUUUAUAUAUAAAAAAAAGUUCAUUUCAGAUUUCUUUUGUGUCCUUGUCUACAAGAAAAAUGGACCCAGAUGAAUUAGGUUGUGAUCAUCAGAUUAACUAAGUGUUAAGUUGAAAUUUUCUUAACCAGAAUUGAAACUAUAUGGCAUAUAAAAUAUCGUUGUUGCAUCUUUGUGACUAGUUUGCUCAAUAUUUUACUGCCUGGGGUCUCUUUGAAAAAAAAAAUCAAAUCGUUCCAAGACUGUCUGUGGGUCAUCGACCCCAUCAUCUGAAUUGCCUCUUGAUUUUAUUUUCUUCUCCGAUUUUAUUUUUCUUGGUCCGAAGGACUCACUAUCUCACCAGGAGCUUUGGCUUUGAGAAGAUCACUUACUCAGGGAAGGGAGGUGGGUGUUUGGUGUGAUGCAGGAGCUACUACAAGUGCACUAACCCAGGCUGCACUGUCCGAAAGCAUGUGGAGAGGGCUUCCCAUGACCUGAAGUCUGUGAUCACCACCUAUGAGGGGAAGCACAACCAUGACGUCCCGGUAGCGAGGAGCAACAGCCACACUGGCACUGGACCAUCAGGCGGUGGUGGUGCUGCCCCACCACCAGUCCACAGGAGGCCGAUGCCUGGUCUGGUGGCCCAUGAUGGCCUGCCGAGCUUUGAUGGCCCGUCGCUGCCACCGCUGGGCUCAUUUGCUCCAGCGGGGUUCCCCAUUGUUGGCCAGCCGACGCUGUGGGCUCUCCAGCAUGGGAAUGGCUGGCCUGGUGCCUACCGACAGCGUGAAGAUGCUGCUGCUGCCACUGGUGGUCCAUUUGGUGGUGGAGCAGCGCCGUUGGAGGGAGGUUGGCUUAGGGACACCCAAGGAUGA